CAUACAAAUGCAUAAAGACCUCUUUGUAUACAAUUUAUUUUAUUUUAUUUUGUGCGACUGACCCAAACAGACACUUCAUAAACUGUUUGUUUAGACAGCACAAAGCGGACUAUGGAUAAAGUUUGAUCAUAAAUGAUCUCCGUUGAUUUAAUUCGUGUUCAAAUGAGGAUACUUUACGAGUGGCAGUUCUAGACAAUGGUCGUAUUUGAAACGGAGCGACAUCAUCCGUGAUCGUGAAGGAUUUGUUUGCAAACUCGAGCGGACGUCGGGAGAACAGCUCCUGUUGGAUGCGCUCAAGUUAACGCCAUCACCUUAACGAGACUGGCUUUUCUCAAAGUACUGAGUACUUUGUACUGAGUGUGUGUUCCGCGUUUGAACGCAUUUAUUAGAUGUGCGGAACGCAGCGGAGCCUCAUGGUCGGGCAACUGUGCUCUGAUGUCCGGUGUACAGGAGCUCAUCCAUGCCCCUCACCCGCCCAGUCUUGACCUUCCCGAACAUUGAAGCACAAGCAAAUCAGCACUUUAUUUUUGAGCUACGUAACCUCACACAUCUGGUCGCUUGAGCACAGUAGACUCAUGGGUACUGUACUGUCCCUCUCGCCGGGUCCCCGAAAACCUGGUUACUAUGAUGACCUUCCUGGUUCCCUGAACCAUUAUCCGAGCCUGAGCAGCCGCUCUUUGAACACUCAGAAGGACCGCAGUCUCAAACGUGGCCAUUCCAUCUUCCUCCCUGCUCUCACGUGGAAACGGCUGGUGGCCUCCACGAAGAAGCGGGGUGAGACCAAAAAAGGCUACCCUGGUGGGAAGGCGGCUUUUGGGGGUCCACUAAACAACAAUAACAUCUACCAGAAGGAUCCAGUUUUGCACCUCAAUCACGACAAUGUGAAGAAGUCACUCUCUUGUGCCAACCUCACCAGCUAUGACGGUCCAGCAGGUCUGGGCUUUGGAAUGGGGCUGGGUGUUGGCUAUGGCAAACCUCAGCAGAUCUCCUCCGUAAAGAAGGUUCCACCUACAUGCACCUCUUCACCCAAGCGUGUGAUCAUCCAGGCCUCGACCAGUGAGCUGCUUCGUUGCCUGGGUGAGUUUCUCUGUGGACGCUGCUACCGACUCAAGCAUCUCUCCCCUGCUGAUCCGGUUCUGUGGUUGCGAGCUGUGGACCGCUCGCUCUUGCUCCAGGGCUGGCAGGACCAGGCCUUCGUCACUCCUGCCAAUGUGGUCUUUGUGUACAUGCUGUGUCGUGAUGUAGUGGAUGGUGACCUGGUGUCCUCAGAGCACGAGCUUCAGGCGAUUCUGCUGACCUGCCUCUACUUGUCCUACUCCUACAUGGGCAAUGAGAUCUCGUAUCCGCUCAAGCCCUUUCUCGUGGAGGCGACUAAAGAGGCAUUCUGGGACCGUUGUCUGACCAUUAUCGAUGUCACCAGUGCCAAGAUGCUGCGCAUCAAUGCAGACCCACAUUUCUUUACGCAAGUCUUUGCUGAUCUAAAGAGCGAAGGAAGUUGUGGACUCCAAGACUACACUAGAGUUUUAGAUCGGUGAAAAUGGAAGUGGCAGAUUUUCUCUGCUUACAAAAAACCACCAUCAUCCCCUAGUGUUGCAGUCAUUGCAUCUAUUUGGCUCCUCCAUAUGCCAUUUGCAGACUUUUUCUGAUUUUUCUGAAUGAAACCGAUAAAUGCAAUGAGUGAGUCAAAUAUGGAUAAGAGUACAUGGAGCAGAUAUGGAAAAAAGCACUUGGUGUUUAGAACAGAUUUUCUCCCCAUAGUUUUCUUUCCACAUUUUCUUUUGCCUCUGAUUCAGUUAUCAUAGCUAAAACAUUAAAUGUAAUAAUAAUUUAGGGUUGAACAUCAAAUGGAAGAGUGAAAUUUAAUUAUUGUAGACAUUUGGUUUUAUCUGUUAUACCAUGUACUAACCAAAUGCGAUGCGAGGCAACAAAGCAACAAGUGAUUAAAUCACCUCUUCCGAUUUUGUCGGUCACUUGUUUUCAGUUUUUGCACCAAGAUCCCACUCUGCACAAAUGUAUAUUAAACAUCAAAAAUCUUCUGAUUGGCUGUGAUUGUAUGACUUCGCACUGCAGUUAUGUAUUCAGAGUUGAUUGACAAAUUGCUUGCUGCUCAGAACUUGUUGCAUUGUGUCUGAUUAGUAGCAUGGCUUCCAACAUCAGCCUUUUUCAGUAGUUACGGUUAGUUGCCUUGCAAAGUAUUCCCACUUUUGGUCAUCUAGUCUUACACUGCAAUAGAAUGUGUCCAACAAAAACAAAUUGAAGUGGGACUGUGUGUGUUUGUGAUAGAAAGCAAACUAUGAAGAUCAACAGCUGUUGGUUAUUGCAUUGCCCUUCUUUUAUUUCAUGUGCUGGACGUUAGGGCACCAGCUGCAGUGACAUUAACAAGAUUAACAGAUUAGUGUCACACACACACGUGCACACAUAGACACACACUCAGAUACAGUUCUCAGUGGCUGUGCUUGCUUCCUUAUAGUUUGAGUGGCUAAUCCAUGUAGGCCAUGCGCAGUCCUAGAUGUUCUGUCAUCUAUGCAGCAGUGAACAAAUGAAUGUCAGGACCCCCCCCCCCCCCCAAUUCAUUGGUGCACUUUAUCAAAAUUGUUAUCAAAAUGAAAAAAACUUGCUCCAAUCAAUAUCUGAUAGACAAAAUCAAAUCCCAACCAACAUUCUCCUGUUUUACUCAGUAAUACUUCACAUUACGGAAGUAAAAUGGGUGCAGACACAGUUUCAUGUUGAUUUUAAAGGGCAUUUUGCGUGUCUGGGUCACAGGCGUGCUCUUUCAGUAUCAAACUCAAAGCAUAAAUGAGUUUUUUUAUGUUAAAAAUGAUAUUCAAAGACAGCACUGUCAGUUCAGAUUAAUAGUUAUCUCUCAUCUUUGACCUUCUACUUACAUAAUAAGGUUUGAAAAGAGGGAUCAAACUAGUUUUUUAAAUUACCCCCUUUGGGCCCAUAAGUGUAAUAGAUAUAAAACGUACAUAGCGGCACUCGCACAUGCAAACACAACAGAUGCCCUCUGGAUCUGCGGUUGCAAGUGUCACCGCUCAGUUGUGCCAGACAGAAAAGCAGCAACAGCAGCAUGUGGCAUGGCAAGCACUCGUUAAUCUCAUUGUUGCGUUUUAUAGCAGGGCCAUGGGCGCCAUACUCCGACUCCCCAGCAAAAGCUGACUUUAAACGCAUACUUCUGCCCACAUGCUCUCAUAUAUUUGCACAGAUGCUUACUCAAAUCCACCAAUAACAACUAUGCAUACAUUUUCAAGCAAGUAAUCAUAAACGCACCGAUACACACGUGCAUAUGCACGCUCCUUCUCCCACACACAGAAGCGAUAAUCCUCUCUUGUUCCUUGCCACCAAUCGGGUAGAUUGAGCUGAAAAUUCUGCAAUAACAAAAUGCCAUUCAGAUCAGAAGAGAUUUCAUACUCUCUCAAUCCUCUUUCUAAAACUAGCAGAAAAGACACAUUGUAGGUCGCAUUGUAUUGUCAUCAUGCUCGUUGAAGCCGAACUACUCAAGUACAUGUUUAAUUGUAUCUUUAUAAUAUACCUGCACAAAAUUGAGGGAAAAAACGUGGUCUAAGUUACUGUAUGUUUAAAGACUCGAUUACUCCACAGAUGACUUUUUAAUCAUUUUACACCCAACACUGGUGUAAUAUUACAGGAUUAUCAAGAGAAACCAACCAGCAAGAUAACCAGCAAAACUUCCUUGGUCAAGCAGUUUUACUAGACUAUCUCCAUCAACAAGUUUUGCUGAUGAGCAUUGCUAAGCUGGUCCACCUCUUAUAUUAGCACCAAACCACCAUUAAAUAGCAUAUACCAGCCUGGUUUUUCCAGCAGGGGUACACUAUGGCACCCAAAAAAGAGAGCUGGUGCAAUGACUUUGGGUUGUAGCCCAUGUCCACAUAUCUGCAUAUCUAUUUCAGCCAGUAGUGCCCAUUUCAACCUCAUGGGAUGAUAUUAUUUACAGAGACUUCUGGCCAUCAACAGGACAUUUUCAAACUAUAGAGUGUAAAUAAAAACUCUCUGAUACGCCAUCCUUCUUUCCUUUCGCAAACACAUAACUUGUUGUCCCUGGCCUUGGUUAAAGUAAUUUAGUUUUCUCUUAUUGUGUACUGAGAGCGCUGACAGAGUGCUGCCAUUGUUGCAAUGCUAGCAUGCACAGCCUGAACAUUGGGCUUGUGCGAUGUGGAGUGGUCCGCUGCAGUGGGGGACUGCUUGCACUCGCACUCUCGUGUCUGGCUUGCCUUUAUUCCUCUCUGCUGGAACGGUUUCUCCAUUGUUUCAGUCCCAUGUGUAUUACUGAAGCUCUGGAAUAGCUCUUGAAUAUUGCUGCCUUCAAGUCCUCCUGGAAAGUUAGCUUUUAUAAGUUCAGAAUAUCACAUUCAGACUAAGAAAGGAAGCUUUUUAAUGUUAAUUGUAAUAGAGCGCAACAGUCUGGAAGUAAAAAAUCCCAUUCAUUUUUUCUAUAGGGGAUUCGAUUUUUAUUGAUAACUUAUAAACCUUUAAAGACAGACCUAUCGUGAGCUCAUAGGUUGUUAAUCGAUGGUAUAUGCUUCUGUUGAAGCCAUGUCUUAUUUCAACUUUGUUUUAAAAAUCAUGUUUAAUGGCAAGAUUUCUGCUUAAGAACUAAACAACGCAGCAAAGAACGAUCCACCAAUCAGAGAAUUGUAGCCAACAAAGUGCGCAAAAAGAGCUCUGCAGCGAGUGCCUACUACUAGACAUACUGUAAAUGAUGUAAUCGAGUCGGUCGCCCUAUACUCACAAACUACUUUUAAAUUUGUUCAGUAUAUAUCUGAAUAUUUCGCAAUAAAUAUAUUUUAUUAUUUAUUGCAAGUUUAUUUUUUACAAUAAACUUAAAAUAUAUUGAUUCUGUACUUAUAAUACAUUUUUUUAUUUUUUUUUAUCCCCUUUUCUCCCCAAUUUUGUCAUGCCCAAUUCCCACUACUUAAUAGGUCCUCGUGGUGGCGCGGUUACUCACCUCAAUCUUGGUGAUGGAGGACAAGUCCCAGUUGCUUCCGCUUCUGAGACAGUCAAUCCACGCAUCUUAUCACGAGGCUCGCUGUGCAUGACACCGCGGAGACUCACAGCAUGUGGAGACUCAUGCUAUUCUCUGUGAACCACGCACAACUUACCAUGCGCCCCACUGAGAGCGAGAACCACUAAUCGUGACCACGAGGAGGUUACCCCAUGUGACUCUACCCUCCCUAGCAACCAGGCCAAUUUGGUUGCUUAGGAGACCUGGCUGGAGUCAUUCAGCACACCCUGGAUUCGAACUUGUGACUCCAGGGGUGGUAGUCAGCAUCAAUACUCGCAGAGCUGCCCAGGCCCCUUAUAUUCAACUUCUUUAAAAUAAAUACUUUUUUGCUUCAAACAAAAGUUUGUAAUUUUGUGAUUCACCUUGGAGUUUGUUGGUUUGGUUCAUGGCAUAGAACUCUUAUGAAGCAUUUUAUGAAAUCCGUAUGGAAGAAAUAAAUGGGGAAAUACUUUUCACAGGAUAAGUAUGACAUUGUUGAGCUGCUCAUGUGUAAUCUCAUAAAUACAAUCAUUCUGACAUGACUCCUUGCUCUGAAAUUGGGAGGAAUGGUGUUAAAUGAAUGGUGUUAAAAAUCUCUCAUACAGAAAAUUUGUGCCUUUAUCUGGCAAUAAAUACAUUGGUAACAACUCCGUUUGGUGAUCCCUUGUGAAAAAUACAUACACAAAUUUGCAACCCAAGGAAAGCCAUGAAAAAUGUCCAGUAAAGAUUAUAGAGGAAGAACUUUUAAUUUACUCAGGCAGUGUAGAGUAAUCAAAAUUCAGGAGCCAUUGUCCUGUUAGAUGAUAAACCCCAUCAAUGCUACUUUCUGGCAGAGCCAGUUCCUCUGUUGACAGCCAGUCAUAUUAAAAAGGACCUGAAACUGUCUGCAAACACCUUUGAAGGACAUAAUUACUCAACCAUCCUGAUUACACCUCAAAUAUUUCAUCGAGCUGCAUGUGGAGAUUUUUAAUGUGACAAAACAAACUUACAGAGACCUCAAAGCCUGGCAGAGGGAUUAUUGAUUUUACAACGAAGAGCAUUUCAGUCCUUAGACAAACAACAAGUUCUGGAUUCUGGAGUGGAUAAUUUGGCACAAAGCAAAAGGGACAACUGACACUAAUUUUUCAGAGUUGAGAUAGACUCAAGUUUUAAACUACUGAAUUAAGACAUUUUGGACACUCAGGAUUUGGAUGUUACAUAGACUCCAUUGUACACUGCAAGUUGCUGUUACUCUAUGAGUUAUGGCUGCUAAGAUUUAUCAAUGUUUUCAAUGCUGCUAAUAAGUAGAAUUCAAAAGGAACGCCAAGUAGAGUUUCUCAUAGCUGAGAUGGAAACGUGACCAAUGUGGUGUAAAUAUGUUGACUGUACCAGUAUGAAAUGACUGUAAAAAAAACUGCAUGUAUAUCAUUCAGGAAUUGGUACUGUGGUGGUGUACAUGCCAAACACUUCAUUUUUUAAAUAUAAAUUGUCCUUUCUUCAGUUUGUAUUUCAGUUUAAGGUUAAAUGGAUUUUUUUGUGUUUUUACUCUAAUUAUUAUUCUAAUUAUUAUUAUUGUUAUUAUUUUACUGAAAAAGAUCAUAUCUGCUCAUCCCGAGUUUAGGACAUCGUAUGUGAACACAAUUACAAUGUUAAUUUGUUGAUUUCUCUUUGCAUUGUCAGUUUUUGAUGUGGUUGUUUCAGUGACAUGUUGCUUUGUGCAAUUACUGUAUACUGGGUACUGUCUUCUCUGAAUACAGAAAUUAAAUAAAUGAUUAAGCAUUAAUAAUGCUAUGGCUUCAUAUGCUGCUUGCAUAAACAGUGGCUCUACACCAGUGCUUAAGCAGAGAUGUUGAAAUAUGGAGGUCAGGGUGAGUUGGGGCUAACCAAACAGGAAGUGCCAAACAUUUUGCUCUUGUAAUUUCCUUUGUGGUGAUCAUGCAGUAUGAGGUUAGCUCAAUAUGGUUAAGCAGAGCACAAAGGCCGAGUUGGGAACAGCAUACUAUCCAUACUACUCUCACUACAUCUGAAAUAGUCAGAGUAGUAUGGUAGUAUCCCAUUCUGAACUAGGCCAUACACACUAAGACCUUUAGAGCUGCUACUGUAUGUGCAAUUUCUGUGCAAAUAGUGGCAUCAUACGGAAUUAUAUAUAAAACAACGACUGCUUUCAAGCAGGUUUUCUCAAAUGCUCUCCAGUUUUUCAUUGGUCAGACAAAUAGAAAGUCCAAGCCCAAACACACGUCAUUGGUUGAGCCAAUGCUGUUAUGUUGAGCCUUUGAGCAAAGAGUGUGAACCUAUUCCUUUGGCAUUAGGUAGUGCACAUUCAUAUACUAUAGCUCACAGAAAGAUG